GAAGAUGAACUACUUUACGAUAUUUUCGAUUUAUGGAUUGCUGGUCAGGAGACGACAACAAUCACCUUGAUGUGGGGAAUAAUGCAUCUCAUCAAGAAUCCUGACGAAAUACAUCGACUAGCCUCAAUAUUGAACCUGAAUCUGUUUCGUAAGACUAAGCAAAAGGGCUUUGUUGGCGGUCAUCACGUUCCUGCAAAUACUCCGAUUGCUGCUGAGCUGACAAUGAUAAUGAAUGAUGAAAAGCACUUUGAAGAAGCUAACAAGUUCGAUCCUGAAAGAUAUGCAAGGGGUGGUAAGGCACUGGAACAACGUGUGAUUCCCUUUGGUCUGGGCAAACGAUCGUGUAUCGGAGAAACGUUGGCGAAAGCCGAACUCUUUCUGGUUUGUGUUCUUUUUGACUCGCAAUAUGAACUCCAUUUUCAGUCAUUUUUUGAACUAUUGAAGUUGUAA